GUUGACAAUAAGGUCAUCUUUUUGACCACUUUUUGUAAAAUGUUUGAUUCUCAAAAUUCUAAUAAAUGGUAACUUUAAAUUUUAAAUUGAUCCCUGUUUUUAUAUUUUACGUAAUACACUUAUCAGAAAACGGUGAAACACAUAAUGAUACCCAUCCGAAAAGGAAACCUUUUGAUUUUCGAGAUGUGAUUAAAGAGAACAGUGGGUAUUCGCCUUUCGCAGACCGGUGUUCACUUAGAAUAUAUGGUGGGAAAGCGGCAAAAAUUAGUGAUUUACCAUAUCAGGUCGUUAUAAGGAGAGGAUCUCGGCUAGGUGAUAGAUGGGUUCUCUUGUGUGGUGGCUCGAUUAUAACUCACCUUUACGUUCUCACCGCUGCUCAUUGUUUUGAAAGAUCGAUCUUAAGGAGAUUGCGUUACAUAAGAGUGGUGGCUGGGGCAGAGCAUUCGGAGGCGUAUAUCCUUAAAAGGCCACAUAAAAUGGAAUUUUUAGAUUACAUGGAAAACGCAGAGUUGUGGCGAAAAGUUGAAUAUUGUUACAAACAUGCCUAUUACAAUCCUAGGUACAUAAUUCACGACUUCGCUGUGAUUGAAAUGGAUAAACCGGUUCACUAUAGUAAAAGCAUACAACCGAUACCGAUGAUGCGAAAUAAUUUAGGAAUUAAAUUCGAAGAAAACGGAUUGUGCCUAGUAUCUGGAUAUGGGCUUAUGGACUAUCGGCAGCCAUCUCCGACCCUGCGCAUGGUGUGUGUUCCUGUUGUUUCCACAGCAAGGUGCAAUCGGAUUUAUGGACGUGGUACCGUUAGGAGUUACCAAGUUUGUGCUGGUGAUAGGGGCAGAGACAGUUGUCAGGGUGACUCUGGUGGCCCCCUUACAUACCACGGUUACUUGAUAGGUAUAGUAUCAUAUGGGGGUCGAUGUGGAGAAGCACCGGGGGUCUAUUCACUAGUAUCGGCCUAUACAACCGGUGAGAACGUACCAUUUAUCAGAAACCGCUGUAUUCCAAUUACUUACAGCCCCUUAACCAUACUAUUGGUCUUAGUUUUUAUUUAUUUUGGCUAAGUCAUUGAUACUGGACCUACAUUUUGAGACAUUUUUCCGCUGACAACGGCUUUAAGCAAUUCAUGUUGGUGCUGACUUAAAUAUUCUCGAUCGAAUAUUGUAGAGUCAGUCUGUCUUUUCUAAUACUGGUGUUUUGCGACAGACUUUACUGCAAUGUAUUUAGGUUAUGCCACAAUUACAUUGGUAUUUUUUUAGAAGCUACUGUGAAGAAUCAUCAUGUUAAAUUGUUUGUCUACACUUUUAUUGUAAACUGCAGAUGUUACGUUUAUUAAAUAAAAGGGUUUAGUGAAAGAUCGAGAUUUUACUAGUAUAUUUAAUCCAGACAGAUUCUGAUAUUAUUUGCUUAGCACCACCAAGACGAUGUUUUCGUCUGACAACAUAAUAAGAUUCCAUUUCAAUGCGGAUGAUUAUGAUUAUUAUGUGGGCCGAUCCCGGCGGCACUGCAAUGCCGGGCCGACCCGUGACGGGAGUGGAGCGAGCCCCGAACAUCCCGUCAGCUUACAAAAAUCAGUUUAAUAUACUGGUCCCUCAGUGAGGGAACUUUCAGAUAUUAAGCUGAAAAGAACAGAUACUACACUUUGAUCUUAGCCAAAAGGCCGAGAAGCGAUAACAACGUUAAGUCAUUGAGCGGUAGUCGUUCAGUCGCGGAAAAUCUUAACACCGCCAUUCAGAAAUCGGGUCCCAAUGAACAGCGACAUCUAACGUGUACAUUAGGAUACCUGCAAUAGGUAUUUUGUAUGUUUACCUAAAAUCAACUUGUUGUUAAUAUGUUUUUAUACAUAUUAUUAUCUUAUUAAAUGAGAAAUAUGACAUAGUCAAAGUAAAUGAAGUUGAAUAUUAUAACGUAACAAGUGUCGCGCUGGUAGCGCCAUCUGUAAAUUUGUAUUAAAACUAGCUUACCAACCGCUUACUCAUUGCCAACAAGUUCAUCCUCAAUACCACGUGGUACUGAGGCAACUCAAUAGGGAGCGUUGUUCAAGUUAAACAAUGAAUUAGGUACAUAAUGUGUACGUAACAUGAAGCGAUUAAAAAGUAAAAAGAGACAGAUUUUGUAAAAGUAUUUCUGCCUCAGUCUUGCCACAUGUGCAUAUUUUUAAAUGGAACUAACUUUCAUAUUUUUUUUUGAUCAGUGAGCAGUCUUCAUAAUCUAUUAAAUUUUCCAGAAAAACCCUUUAUACCAUUCCAAAUUCCUUUCCUAUUCACCCUGCCAAUAAUAUUCACCCCUUCGCAC